CCCUCGCCCUUCCUCGGCCCAAAUGACAAAAAUCGGGCUUGGGGUUACUUUGUGGUCUGAGAGCCCUCUGGUCCGUUCCCUCGCACUGCCUGCUCGAGUACUUCCCUCUCCUCCCUUGGCCAAACGACAGCCAUGUCCGAGUGCGACGACCUCAACUACUCGACUCGCCUCGAAAAUCGCCGCAACACCGUCAAGCCCGCGGAGGACCAGAGCAGGGCCGCCACGGCCUCUCGCCUGUCUCCCGAUCGCCUCAGCGACGUCGAAAAGCACUUGUUCCCGGUCUACCGCCGCCCAACCAUCCGCUCGUCAUACACAUAUGCCCGAAACCUGAUACUGGCCCUCUGGCAGGCCGACCCCACCCUGUGGAUCACCAAGGAGGAGGCCAUCGACUUUGUCAGCGGCGGCCAGGACAAAGAGUUUGACCGGAUGGUGCGCCAGACAUACGACUUUCUAAUGCGCUACAGGUACAUCAACUUUGGAGUGCCCGACCGACUACCGCCUGCGCUGCCUCCUCCCUGCAAUGACGCUGCCCGGCCUCCCCGCAUCGUCAUCAUCGGCUCGGGCGUCGCCGGCCUCACUGCAGCGCGGGAAAUCAAGAACCUGUUUGUGGACUGCCCACAUCUGCCUGCUCCGAACAUCACCGUUCUGGAAGGCCGCAAGCGGAUGGGUGGUCGGGUCUUUACCUAUCCCCUCAUGACACGACCCGACGGCACCCAGUCCUCCCACCACUGCGGCAUCGACCUCGGUGCCCAGAUUGUAACAGGAUUCGAAGGCGGCAAUCCCCUCGAUGCCAUCGUCAAGUCUCAGCUGGAGUUGCCCCUGCACUACCUGCUCACCAGUGGCGACGUCAAGCUCUACGACAGCAACGGACAGGUAGUCUCGCAAAAAGCGGACGAGGCCCAAGAGCAGCUCUUCAACGACGUUCUCGACAGCACCUGCCACACCGUCAUCCAGGGCGGCGUGCCAACAGUGGUCUCGAAGCAGCAGGUCCAGAUGGUCUGCAAGCAGGAGGAGGAGAACGGCUACAGCAGCCUGUCGCCGUCGCUCGAGACCAUAUUUGCGUAUCACCUCUCACAGCACCCGCAGUUCCAACAGCUGCAGCCGGCGCAUCUCCGCGUCAUCAACUGGCACUUGGCCAACCUCGAAUAUGCGAACGCCUGUCCGCUCAAGAAGCUCUCCCUGCAUCACUGGGACCAGGAUGAUCCGUUCGAGUUUGAGGGCCCACACUGCAACAUCAAGGGCGGAUUCGGCCAGCUGGUAUCAGCCCUUGCCAACGGCAGCAACCCUGAACACGACCAAAUCGAGAUCCACUACGACAAAGCAGUCGACCAAAUCGAGGUGAAAGGCAAGGUGCAGCACGCCGACGACCACCUUCCACCAGGGCCUGUCAAAAUCACAUGCAAGGACGGCAGCGAGUACACUGCCGAUGCCGUGGUCGUUACGGUAUCGCUCGGCGUUCUGAAAGCCAACACAAUCGCGUUCAACCCGCCACUGCCGGAUUGGAAAACAGAGGCCAUCGACCGUUUGAACAUGGGUCUGUUCAACAAGGUUGUGAUGGUCUUCCCCAAGCUGUUCUGGAAGGCAGACGUCGACUCGUUUGGCUCGUUGAACGACCCGAUUGCCUCCGGUAGCCGAGAGAAUGCCCUAUCUGGCUUCUCUGGCACACGUGGCCGCUUCUUCCUGUUCUGGAACAUGUACCCCAGCACCGGCGUUCCUAUUCUCAUGUCAUUCAUCUCCGGCGAGGCGGCCUUGGAAAUGGAGCACCAGACCGACCGCGAGAUUGUGGAUCAGGCUCUUGAUGUCCUUUCGGGCAUCUUUUCCUCGCAACGACCUCUCCCCAAGCCCAUCGAAACCAUGGUCACACGCUGGGGGCAGGACGAGUUCUCUCGCGGAAGCUACUCAUGCAUCGGCAACGGCGCGACGGGACGUGAUCACGACAGACUCAGCAAGUCGAUCGACAACAAAAUCUUCUGGGCCGGCGAGGCCACAUCACGGCAGUACCCGGCCACCGUUCAUGGUGCGCUCCUAAGCGGUAUGCGAGUGGCAACCGAAAUCACCAACGUGCUCCUGGGCAAUUUGCAGUCCGCGUCGCUGGGCAAGGAGCCCAAGAAGGCCAAAGAAAACGAGGGCAACCCCGAGCUCGACGCGACUGCGGAGACAGAGCCCCAGGAGUCGGCCUCACUGCCGCUUACUCCGCGAUGCUGCCUAAGGUCCAACUGCCGGGCCAUCAUCCCAGAGAACCUGUCGUACUUUGACCACUGUCGACAGGAGCAUCCCGAGAGCGAUCCCAGCGAGGCGCCGUACAUCACGACUGUGCUUGGAAAGCGCACCUUCGAGGCGGUUGAAGAGCUCAAGCUGGAUGUGCCGAGCGAAAUCCCAGCCAUUACCCCAAAGGUCUCUCCGCUUGCCUCGCCGAAGCCCACCGCCCCUACCACCAGCCGGCCAAUGGCUUCGCCGGCUCCGCGCAAGAAGCGUGACUCGACAGCCAAGAAGAACGAUGCGGCCGAGGUUCUCGAGGGCGCUCCCGAGCCGCCGCCAAAGAAUCCCUUCCUGCUCUUCAAGAAGGAGAAGCUGAAUGACGUCCGAAAGUAUCUCGCAGACAACAACCUGAGAGACCGCGCCUCCUUCCCGACGAUCCUGGGUCAGUGGUGGAACCAAAGGACCCCCGACGAGAAAAAGGCCUAUGAGCUGCGCUGGAGCCAAAUGCGAGAGCAGUACGAAGAGCAGGCCCGCGAGUACAGGCUCAAGUAUCCACACCUCGCCGUCGAGCUCGGGGCCUCCUCGACCCGCCGGAACUCUGAACCAUCCGAGUCCAAAAAAGCCGACGCCUCGAACGGCUCGCGCAAUGGCGGGCGGGACUCGGGCAGCGCGCCGACCGAGCAGGACGAUGCCGACGCCGACGAGGGAUAUGCAAUCUUUCCGCCACCACCCUCGGCUGAACGGGCAGAAGUAUCCCGCCAAGCACAGCGCGAGGCAUUGGAAUUCAUUGAGAUGUCGAUUUCCAAGAAGCCUUGAAGGCAGCAGCUGCCUGUGUGAAAGCACAGUCACGAUAUUGCUGCACGCCAAAGCGAGGCUGCGCUCGUCACCAUCAUUGGAACACACACACUCAUGUUUGCCUCGGCCACGCAAUGGAGAAAUAUACAACAAACAUAUGCUACUCUUGGACGCACCCGUAGUC